AUGUCGGAACAACUCAGACAAACUUUUGCUAACGCCAAGAAAGAGAACAGGAACGCUCUGGUCACGUUCAUGACCGCAGGUUACCCAACGGUCAAGGACACCGUCCCCAUUCUCAAGGGUUUCCAAGAUGGUGGCGUGGAUAUCAUCGAAUUAGGUAUGCCAUUCUCUGAUCCAAUUGCUGACGGUCCUACAAUCCAACUAUCCAACACUGUUGCUCUGCAAAACGGCGUUACUUUGCCUCAGACCUUAGAAAUGAUCUCUCAAGCCAGGAAUGAAGGUGUCACCGUGCCCAUCAUCCUAAUGGGUUACUACAACCCUAUUUUAAACUAUGGUGAGGAGAAGUUUAUCCAAGAUGCCGCUAAGGCCGGUGCCAAUGGUUUUAUUAUUGUUGAUCUGCCACCUGAGGAGGCAUUGAAGGUGAGGAACUAUGUCUACGAUAACGGAUUGAGUUUGAUUCCUCUAGUCGCGCCUUCCACCACCGAUGAAAGGUUGGAAUUGCUUUCCCACAUUGCCAAUUCGUUUGUCUACGUUGUGUCAAGAAUGGGUACCACCGGGGUUCAAAGUUCAGUUGCUAGUGACUUGGAUGAACUUGUCUCCAGAGUCAGAAAGUACACCAAGGACACUCCCAUAGCUGUCGGAUUCGGUGUCUCCACCAGAGAGCAUUUCCAAUCCGUUGGUAGCGUUUCGGACGGUGUAGUCAUCGGGUCUAAAAUUGUCACAUUAUGCGGAGAUGCUCCAGAAGGCAAGAGAUACGAUGUUGCUAAGGAAUACGUGGAGGGAAUCCUAGAUGGCGCCAAGCACAAAACCUUGUCGAAGGACGAUUUCUUUGCCUUCCAAAAGGAAUCGUUGAAGUCUGCAAACGUUAAGAGGGAAAUACUGGAUGAAUUCGAUGAAAACCACAAGCAUCCAAUCAGAUUUGGUGAUUUUGGUGGUCAGUACGUCCCAGAAGCCCUCCAUGCAUGUCUAAGAGAAUUGGAAAAGGGCUUCGAUGAAGCGGUUGCUGAUCCUACAUUCUGGGAAGACUUCAAGUCCUUGUACCCAUACAUGGGCCGUCCUUCUUCACUACACAAAGCUGAACGAUUGACUGAACAUUGUCAAGGCGCUCAAAUCUGGUUAAAGAGAGAAGAUCUUAACCAUACCGGGUCUCACAAGAUCAAUAACGCCCUAGCGCAAGUUCUUUUAGCCAAGAGGUUGGGUAAGAAAAAUGUCAUCGCUGAAACCGGUGCCGGUCAACACGGUGUUGCCACUGCUACUGCAUGUGCUAAGUUUGGAUUGACUUGUACUGUCUUCAUGGGUGCGGAAGAUGUCCGUCGUCAGGCUUUGAACGUCUUUAGAAUGAGAAUCCUUGGUGCCAAGGUGAUUGCUGUCACCAAUGGUACAAAAACUUUAAGAGACGCCACUUCGGAAGCAUUCAGAUUUUGGGUUACUAACCUGAAGACCACUUACUAUGUCGUCGGUUCUGCUAUCGGUCCUCAUCCAUACCCAACUUUGGUCAGAACUUUCCAAAGUGUCAUUGGUAAGGAAACUAAGGAACAGUUUGCCGCGCUAAAUAAUGGCAAAUUACCUGAUGCUGUUGUUGCAUGUGUCGGUGGUGGUUCCAAUUCCACAGGUAUGUUCUCACCAUUUGAACAUGAUACUUCCGUCAAGCUAUUGGGUGUAGAAGCUGGUGGUGAUGGUGUAGACACAAAAUUCCACUCUGCUACUUUAACAGCUGGUAGGCCUGGUGUCUUCCAUGGUGUUAAGACCUACGUCUUGCAAGAUAGCGACGGUCAAGUCCAUGAUACACACUCCGUUUCCGCUGGGCUAGACUACCCAGGUGUUGGUCCGGAGUUGGCAUAUUGGAAGUCCACUGGGCGUGCUCAAUUCAUCGCUGCCACCGAUGCUCAAGCUCUACUCGGUUUCAAAUUACUGUCUCAAUUAGAAGGUAUUAUUCCUGCUUUGGAAUCCUCCCAUGCCGUUUAUGGUGCGUGUGAAUUGGCCAAGACGAUGAAACCUGAACAGCAUUUGGUCAUCAAUAUUUCCGGUAGAGGUGACAAAGAUGUGCAAAGUGUCGCUGAAGUCUUACCAAAAUUAGGUCCAAAGAUUGGCUGGGAUUUGAGAUUCGAAGAAGAUCCAUCUGCUUAA